AAAGCUUAAGGAUUACAAGCAAGCCCAAGUGAAAAAUAACUCACAAAAAGAAAAUAUUCGCCGCAUUCAAAGUGAAGUGCUUUUUUUGAACGAAUUUUUAAAACAAAAAUUUUCAUAAAAAUGAAUGCUAAAGUGAUUUUAUUAGUAACGAUUGUGGCCGGCAUUGCGCUCUGCAGCGCCAUACCAGUUGGUAACAAUGAAAAUGGCAAGUAUCACAAUUCCGUAGAUAAUAAUAAUGAUGGCAAAUAUCAUCCAAGCAAUGACGGCAAAUAUCGUCCAAGUUCUCUCAGCGAAGGCGCAAGAGGCGGUCACUAUGAUGCUCAGGGUCGGUACGUGCACGAUAUCCAACCGUAUCGUCAUAUUCAUGACAACCGAGAACUUGGAAAAUAUAAGCACAUCCCCUAUCCCUACGAUGGUGGAUAUGGGCCAUAUAAUGGUUCUAACAUUCCAUACAUGCAUGUCGAUGUGCCUUAUGACCACAAUCUUUACACAUCUACUACAACCACCACGAAGAAACCAACAACAACUACAACUACAACAACAACGACCACAACCACAACUACACCUCGAACGGUGUUAUUCAACUAUGAGGAGGACGGCAAAUACAAGGUGGUGCAUCAGGAAGAUGUGCGCAAGGAAGACAAAUACGAUCAUUCUUACUUGACCGAAAACGGCAUCUACGGCGAAGAGCAAGCCAAGUUGCAUAAGGAUGGCGGCACUGACGCUAAAGGUUACUACGAAUACACCGGCGAUGAUGGCAAACUCUACCGCGUACACUACGAGAGUAACCACAAAGGAUUCAUACCCAAGGGUGAUCAUAUUCCUACACCACCACCAAUCCCAGAAGCCAUUGCACGCGCUUUGAAAUAUGUCGAUGAUUUGCGCAAGUCACGCGGUGAAACGCCCAUGUUCGAUCAACGUGGUUUCCGUAUUGAUAAAAUGUCAUCGAAGGAUAUUAUGGCCAAAAUCAAAUCUAUCCAUUUGGAGGAGAUGCCCAAAGAGAUUAGCGAUCAAAUUAUUGAAUUUGAACAUGAGGUGGAAAAUUACGAACAUAUGAUAGAAGAGUAUGAACGAGAACAGCCACAAGAGCAGUAUGAGCAAGAAUACCAGCAGCAAGAGUACCAACAACAACAAUACCAACAGCAACAAUACGAGUAUCAACAACAAUACCAAGAAUACCAGAGUGAGUAUUCCACAGUGCCAGCGACCGAGACCUAUGAGGAGCAAUACAAAUAAUUCAUGCCAAUGAGCAAGUGCCAUGCAGACGUAGGAAAGGGAAUAUAGAAUUAACAAAUUUAAAAUUGAAGAAAUUGACAAUUGACAACUGAGAACAUGAAUUAGACAAAUUGCUAAACGAAUACUAGAAAUUUGCUUUUGAAUUAAAAACGGUUGGCUCGUUUAUAAUUCAAUAUUUAAAGUGUUUUAUUAUUUACUUAUAAUAAAUACAUAAAUUCUGUAAGCAAAAAAUUACAACAAAAAACAAUUUAAAAUAUUAGUAAUAAAGAACUAUGCUCGCAUCAUCCACAUCAAGGGGCAUCAGAGAACAUUAGUAGAUAAUGUAAAGCGGUUGGUGGCUAAAACAAAGUGCUGCACGAGAAGACUGUCAAGGUCAGCAGCCGCAAGCCACUGUUGCUGAUUUCGGCCAUAACAUUGAAUCAUCUACACCACACCAAACCAAAUCACACCAGGAAGCAGAUAAAAUCGAGGAAAUCUCAUAAAAGCACGCUCAUAAAUACGCAUUAAACAACACACAUCCUUCCCCACUGAAAUAAUAUAAAAUACAAAAAAAAUAUUCCCAGCAAUAACAAGUCAUCAAUACGUAAAAAAAUUAAAAAAAAAAGUAUGUUAAGAAUUAAUGUCAUAUUUAACUAUUUAUAAUAAAUUUAUUAGUAAUUCAAACAAACUAUGAAAUAAGUCAUAAAAAUGUGUUAUAUGUAGUAUAAACAAACAUAACAAAAAAAUUAAUUCAAAAUAAACUUUUAGCAAAUUGAAAUCGAA